AUUGUUCUCAAAAGUCUACAAAGAUGAAAGAACAACAUCUGUAAAGUUGCUUCAACGUAUCGAUAAUUUCAAAGAAUUAGUUAAUUAUUGGGGAUAUCCAGUUGAAGAGCAUAUAGUUAGAACUCAGGAUAAUUAUAUUUUGGGAAUUCAGCGUAUUCCUCACGGAAGAAUAAUUCCUGAUGAUGACGAACUUGUUCAUAUAUCUCAUAAUGAUAACGAUAAUGAAAUUCAACAUGAAUCUAUAGAAUCCGUAUUCAGAAGAUGUGGUAUUUCAUUAAAUACAAUUCGACACCCUGACAGAGAUCAUGACGGAUUGUUUCAUAGUGAUGAGAAUUCAAGUAGUGCAGGGCUAUUGCAUAUGACUAAUACACAGAAAUCCGCUGAUGUUUCUUCUUCAUCGACUUAUUCUAAUAAAUCUAUGAACAGUAGAGAAAUAGUCAGCGAACCAAACGAAAGACGUAACUUUGUUAAACCUGUUGUGUUGUUUUAUCAUGGGUUAAUGACUUGUAGCGAACUUUGGGUUUGUAAUUAUGAAUACGAGAAUAGAUUAUGUUGUUUACUAGCUGACGCUGGGUAUGAUGUAUGGUUCGGUAAUUCUCGAGGAAACAAGUAUUCGAUGAAACACUUAAAAUAUGAUCCAAGCGGACGUAAAUUUUGGAAUUUUUCAAUGGAUGAAUUUGCUCUUUAUGAUUUGCCAGAUACCAUUAAUCACUGGUUCCAAAUUGUCAGAUCUCAUAAUUUUCAAAUGUACGAUGAACUACCCACAUAUUCAUAUACAACAACAUCAUUCGGUAAAUCUUGUCAAAGGUUUCCAACACAGCAAAUUACUACACCCAUUGCAGUAUUUUAUGGAGGCUGUGACAGUUUAUUGGAUAUAACUAUGCUGUUAGAACAAAUUCCUAAGCCUGUAUUUGUUAAAGAAAUUCCGGAAUACGAGCAUUUGGACUUGAUUUGGGCAUCAGAUAUAAAUCAUAAAGUAUUCCCAGUAAUAUUUCAUUUAUUACGUAAAUACAAUAUCCAUGAUGGCAAUGACAUCACAUAUUCCUCCGAUGAACCAUCUGACAUUGAGCAAAAUUAUAUAUUUAACUAUGAAGAUUAUGAAAAUCAAACCAAUGAUAUAACUCACCAACAACAAAAAGAGGUUAUUCAGCGUGAUACGAUGGUUGGAGAACGUUAUGAUAAUGAAUCAUCAGAUAGUCAUUACCAAAAAGUUAGUGAGCAUAGCGAAGAACUUGAUAGUAAAAGCUAUAAUAGUAAUGAAAUUGAACAAGAAAGUCCUGAUGAAUCAGAUCAUACACGUGAAAUUAUUUAUCGAGAGGACUACGACGAUGAUGAUAAUGA